UGACCAGUGCAAGCUGUACUGCAUCGCAGAAGACUUCGACUUUUUCUACGCCCUUGCCAGCAAGGUCAAGGACGGAACGCGGUGUGUGGAGGAGGGGGAUCGGCUGGACGUGUGCGUGGAUGGAGCCUGCGAGAAAGUAGGCUGUGACCACGUGCUGGGUUCGGACGCCACCCAUGACAGCUGCGGCGUCUGUAACGGAGACAACUCCACCUGCGACUUCGUGUACGGAGAGUUCCACGACAUGCCCGAGGACAACAAGUACCACCCAAUCGUGACCAUCCCAGCGGGCGCGCGCAGUGUGAGAGUGGAGGAACUCAACAUCUCCUCCAGCUAUCUGGCCGUGAGAGACCUGGACGGGAAGUACUACCUCACGGGCGAUUGGACCGUGGACUGGCCGGGGGAGGUGGAGAUCGGGGGGACCACCUUCGUCUACAGCAGGCCCUACAAUGAACCAGAGAUGCUCACUGCUAAAGGGCCAACCAAGAAGGCUGUUGUUAUCGAGUUGCUGGUCCAAGGUGAGAACAAGGGCGUGGCGUUCACCUACACGGUUCCGAAGCCGGCGAACGAGACGGAAAAGAAGCCAGUUCCGAGCUACUACACCUGGAGCGCUGUCACCUCGCAGUGUUCCGCGUCGUGCGGGGGAGGCACCCUUGUGACGACGGCACAGUGUCUGUGGGACCUGUCUCGUCAGGUGGACGAUUCGUUCUGCGACCAGACGACCAAACCGAGCACGGGCACCCACCAGUGCAACAUGGACCCCUGUCCUCCACGCUGGAUAGCAGGAGAGUGGGGCGUGUGUAACAAGUCGUGCGGCGGCGGCAAACAGACGCGGCCGGUGAACUGCACGCGGAAAACCUCCACCCAGGACCAGGAGCCGGUCGACCCCGACGGCUGCCGGGACCAGCCGAAGCCGUACGCCGAGAGGAACUGCAACAUGCAGGAGUGCCCGCCACAGUGGGUGGCUGGGGACUGGAGCCAGUGCUCGAAGAAGUGUGGGCACGGUUUCCAGACGCGUGAGGUGGAGUGUAAGAGCAUGCGCCAGGACGGGUCGUACGUCAUCAUGCCAGACUCCCUCUGCAAGUACCAGAUGAAGCCCAAGAUCAGGCAGCACUGCUCCAAGAAGUGCACUCGCAAGAUGAUGUGGUUCAUAUCCGCAUGGAGUCAGUGCUCGGUUUCGUGUGGUGAGGGAGUUCGCAAGCGUUUGCUCAAGUGCGCCACCAAGGAUUCGAACGGCUGGUACCGCCAGUUCCCAGAGCGGCGAUGCUCGCACUUGAAACGUCCGCCCGUACAGCUCGAGGAAAAGUGCGUGAAGCCGAAAUGCCCCAAGAACCGGACGAUGGAAACCAUGCCCAAGUGGUACACGGGGAAGUGGUCCACGUGUUCUAAGGAGUGUGGAGGCGGUCUGCAGCAGAGACUUGUGCACUGCAUCGACGCCAGCCGCGGGAGUCGGGCCAACGGCUGCCCGGACAAGUCCAAACCCCCCACAUCCAGGCAGUGCAACCUCGACCCAUGUCCUGAAGAGGAGGAUGACAGCAGCUGCCAGGACGCGUUCCGGUGGUGCCACCUGGUUCCGCAGCACAAUGUCUGCGAUCACAGCUUCUACGGGCAGAAGUGCUGCAAGUCCUGCAGAAAACACACACAGGAGCAGGCCAGCUGACGCAGACGUUAAGGACCGCACACACUCGACGAUAACUCUGGGCGGC